CCGAUGCCGGGGGAAGUACAUGUGAAAUGACACAGUCGUAGAUGUGAAAUAAAGAUGGCGACGUCCACGGCCGCGGCACUUUGCCGUUCACAUUUUUUGAGAAUCUCUUGCCUAUGCACCAAUGUAGCAAGGAGUUUCUCCACAAUGAACGGGCCUCUUUGUUUCAGAGCAACACAGCUAUUGUGCGCGGAGCCGCCAAAGAAGAAGAAGAGAGUUGAUCCCAAGCUGGAGAUGAUGAGGCAGCAGAGGAUGCUGAAGAGGAUGCGGAAGAUCCAGUUCAAGAUGGGCGACCCCGAGCUCAAGCCCAUCGAGGAGUUCAGGUCGGACAAGAAGCUCCUCCUGGACGAGAGGAGGAAGCGAGAGGCCCCAGACCUAACCUACGAAGAGCAGGAGAGACGAGCGCUGCUACAGAAGGAUUGGGCCCGGCACAAGUUCCAGGAGCACGUGGCCGAGACCCAACGCAUCCGAGACCUCCUCAAGGCGCAGGAGAAGGCGCUGCGAGAGCUCCGGGCUGAGUCGGAGGAGCUCUACCAGCAGGCCGUCCAGGUGGACCAGGGCCUCUUCCCGUUUGAGGUAACGGGGCCGACAUACACACCCCCGAUCCCUGGCUACGCCAAGACCAGCCCAGACGGGGAGUACGUGGACAUUUCCAAGCAGUACAAAUGAGUUUAAUGUUGGACUGUCUUGUACCCUUGCCUUUUAGCAGGGCUUGAUUUCAUGGGGCUGGUAAGCUGCAAAUGUCCAUAGUUUAUUUGGUUAACCCUCAAUAGUGUGAAGGUCCUAUAUUUUGAUGGUUUGCUUGUCUGAAGGUUUAUUUUCUGGUUUGAUGGUCCGACAACGCAUUAGUCCAAAGAUUCACUGGUCUGAAAAUAGAUUACUGUUUAUAAAUCCUACAAAGGUUCAGUAGACGGGAAUCAACAACAAGCUUGUAUUGUCAAAAAAUAAAAUAUUAAUGGUUUAAGAUGGGUCUGAGCCAAAUUCAGACUUUUGAAUUGUUGGUGCUGUUCAGAUUAAUGAGCCUCGGGACUAUUUGAUGUUGUGUUGGUUUUUGGUCUUUUGAACCUUAGAAUUGAUAAACUGAACUUUUCUAAAUUUUUGCUAUCUAACCUUUGGACAAAAAAAUCUAUAGAUUAUUGAACCUUUGGACUAAGGAAUCUUUUGUCCAUUGCACCAGAUUUUCUAAUGAACUCUGGUUGUAAAAAAUUUGUGCAAUCCAAUUAUUGAACCUUUGGACCGAUGAACCCUUGAACUGUCUGCCUUGGGCAGAAGCGACCCCAGAUCAGUUGAAAAGGUCCAUGUUGGUGGGGAGUGUCCAUCAUAUUGGUGUAGGGAUCCGAUCGUAGCGUAUGCUUAUCAUAGUGGGUUGUGAACCAGCAAAGUGCAGUUCCCACCAAAGGAGGCUCCAGUACUAGGAAAAUUGUGUUGUGUAUUGGUCCUGCUUUGGGCAGAUUGAAUCCUUGACCAUCAAGCAGAUGCUCCUUACAUGUAUGUAUGUGCUAAGCAAACAUGAAGGUGGGAACCAGUCCCAAGAAAUAUGCAGUGCCUGACAAUUUGGCUGUUCACCAACUUUUGCCAUGUCCACAUUACUUGGCUAUGGCUUAAAAAUUACACACAAGUCCAGGCCAGUGGCUGCAGCCAUGCAGAUCCAACAGAGUCGUGUGUAAUUCAAGCCGCAGCCAAACAAUUUGAAUGCAGCCUCCCAGCUGACCAUUUUGCUUCCAUGUAGUAACUAUUAAGAUGGUUUGGAAGACCUUGCAGGUCAAGAGUGAAGGCCGUGUUGAAUAUUCAGAUAUUCAAAUUUAAACAUUCAAAUAUUUGCUGUAUUGAUAUCAGUUGUAGGUUAGUUACUUGGUUUCUAAUUACUGUUCCCUGUUAUUGAGUAUUUAGAAAUCAAAUGAUGGUGAAUAAAAAUAAAGAGAAAAUUCCCACUCUUUGGUAUCAGA